GCUGAUAUGGCUGAUGGAGAGGCUGAUGAACAAUCCUCCAGCACAGGGAGUCCAGAUGGGGAAGGUCGGGUCUAUGAGGACAAAUUGUCACUCCAUCGGAGGCUAGCCAUCCGGGAGCUUGUGGACACUGAAGUCACCUACUUACACAUGCUCCAUCUCUGUGCCCGUGACAUCAGAAGCAACCUCCAGCAGCUGCUGCAGGAAGAUGUGAAUGUCCUAUUCUCAAACAUUGAUGAUAUCAUCCAGGUGAACAGCAGAUUUCUUCAUGAUCUGCAGGAGACAGCCUCCACAGAAGAGGAGCAAGUGCACCUAAUCGGUAACUUAUUCCUGGAAUUCCAAGAGGAGUUGGAGCAAGUCUAUAAGGUCUACUGUACCAGCUAUGACCAGGCCUUGCUGCUGAUGAACACAUACCAGAAAGACCUGGAACUGCAGCGGGAGAUCCAGAGCAUCAUUGAGGCAGUGGUGCCACAAGCUGGAUCUUCAGGCCUCAGUUUCUUAUUGGUAUCCCCUCUUCAGAGGAUUACCAAAUACCCAUUGAUGCUGCAGAAAAUCCUGGAGAACACACCGCCUGAUGCCAGUGCCUAUCCUGUCCUUCAGAAGGCUACCUUUGCCCUUCAGGAUGUGAAUGCCAACAUCAAUGAGUACAAGAUGCGCAAGGAAGUGGCUUCCAAGUACACGAGGGUGGAGCAGCUGACCCUGCGGGAGCGCCUGGCCCGUAUCAACACACACACCCUCUCCAAGAAGACCACCCGGCUAAGCCAGAUGCUGAAGCAGGAGGCAGGGCUUGUACCCAGAAUGGAAGAUAAGGAAUUUGAUGACUUAGAAGAGAGGUUCAACUGGGUGUCGCUGUGUGUGACGGAGCUGAAGAACAAUGUGGCUAUCUACCUGGAUAACUUGGAGGCUUUCCUCAGAUUCAAGCCACACGAAUAUAAUCUGGACAUCCCUGAGGGCCCUGUGGCUCAGUACUGCCACUUGGCGAGAGAGCUGCAGCUCGCGGCCUUCCUGGAGUUUAAGCAGCGGCUGGAAGGCCUGGUAUGGCAGCCACUGUGCAGCCUUGCCAAAGCCCUGGCAGGCCCUCAGAACCUGAUUAAGAAACGUCUGGACAAACUGCUAGACUUUGAGCGGGUGGAAGAAAAGCUGUUGGAGGUGGGCAGCAUGACCUACGAGGAGGAGGCAACCCGGCACACGUACCAGGCUCUUAACUCUCUGCUAGUGGCUGAGCUCCCACAGUUUAACCAGCUGACCAUGCAGUGGCUGGGCCAGAUCCUGUGCACAUUUGUGGCUCUGCAGCAGGACCUUGCAAAGCAAGUGCUACAGAGAACAGAGGGCAGCUUGGCCCAGCUUCCCCACCACCAUGUCUCUGAGCCUGACUUCAAGAAGCUUGUGGAAGAUGAGCUAGACCAGAACAGUAACCAGCUUCACUCCUUCCGAGAGAACUUCAAGAAAGUGCUGCCACCUCCCACCAUACAACCACUCCUUCCAGGGGCUGAACGCCAGGUGCAGGGCCUCCUGAGCAAGUAUGGCCCUGGGAAGCUGUACCAGGUGACGAGCAACAUCAGUGGGACUGGGACUCUGGACCUGACACUGCCACGGGGCCAAAUUGUGGCCCUCCUUCAAAACAAGGACACCAAAGGCAACAGCAGCCGCUGGCUGGUGGACACUGGGGGACAGCGUGGGUACUUGCCAGCUGGGAAACUGAAGCUGUACCAUGUUGUCCCCAGUGAGAAGGAGCACCAGGGUCAGGCGGGACCACAUGAAGAUUCCCGACAUCUAACACCAGAACCCAUUUUGGCCCCAGUUUCCUCUGUCCCAACCAUGACCCAGGUGGUGGCAGUGUACCCAUUUGUGGCCAGAAGCAGCCAUGAAGUGAGUCUGCAGGCAGGCCAACUGGUGACUGUUCUGGAGGCCCAGGACAAGAAGGGGAACCCGGAAUGGAGUCUUGUGGAUGUGAACGGACAGAGAGGCUAUGUGCCCUCUAGCUUCCUGGCCAGAGCCCCAAGCCCAGCUCCAUGGGGCUGGAGACUGCCUUCUUAG